GGCCCAGCGCUAGCCGGCGAGCGGGCGGGCCUCCCGGCAGUCGGCAGGAACCAUGGCCGGCGGCGCGGCACCGCGGGCCCUGCACUCCGCGCGGGCGGUGGAUGUGGCCUCGGCGUCCAACUUCCGGGACUUCGAGGUGCUGCACCUGCACCUGGACCUGCGGAUCGAGUUCGCGAGCCGCGCUCUGAGCGGCACGGCGACCCUGGAUCUGCGCUGCCUGGCUCCCGCGGGCGCGGCCGAGCUGCGGCUGGACUCGCACCCGUGCCUGGAGGUCACCGCGGCGGCGCUGCGGCGGGGCCCCUCCGGCCCCGACGAGCCCGUGAGCUUCCGCACGCAGCCCUUCGCGCGCUACGGCUGCGCGCUGUGCCUGUGCUUCCCGCAGCCCCGGCCCGCGGGCGAGCGCUUCCAGGUGCUGCUCACCUACCGCGUCGGCGAGGGGCCCGCGGUGUGCUGGCUGGCGCCCGAGCAGACGGCCGGGAAGGAGAAGCCCUUCGUGUACACGCAGGGGCAGGCGGUGCUGAACCGGGCCUUCUUCCCCUGCUUCGACACGCCCGCCGUCAAGAGCACCUACUCGGCCUCGGUGCAGGUGCCGGAUGGCUUCACGGCCGUGAUGAGCGCGGACACCUGGGAGACGCGGGGGCCGAACCGGUUCUUCUUCCGCAUGAGCCGGCCCAUCCCCUGCUACCUCAUCGCUCUGGCCGUCGGGGACCUGGCCUCCGCGGAGGUGGGACCCAGGAGCCGGGUGUGGGCCGAGCCGUGCCUGCUCGAGGCCGCCAGGCAGGAGUACGACGGCGUGGUCGAGGAGUUCCUGGCCGUGGGAGAGAAGCUUUUCGGACCCUACGUCUGGGGAAGGUACGACGUGCUCUUCAUGCCGCCGUCCUUCCCGUUCGGGGGCAUGGAGAACCCGUGCCUGACCUUCGUCACGCCCUGCCUGCUGGCCGGGGACCGCUCCCUGGUGGACGUCAUCAUCCACGAGAUCUCGCACAGCUGGUUCGGGAACCUGGUCACCAACGCCAACUGGAGCGAGUUCUGGCUCAACGAGGGCUUCACCAUGUACGCCCAGAGGAGGAUCUCCACCGUCCUGUUCGGGCCUGCCUACACCUGCCUGGAGGCGGCCGCGGGGCGGGCGCUGCUGCGCCAGCACAUGGACGUCAGCGGCGAGGAGAACCCCCUCAACAAGCUGCGCGUGAAGAUCGAGCCAGGGGUGGACCCGGACGACACCUACAACGAGACCCCCUACGAGAAAGGCUUCUGCUUCGUCUCCUACCUGGCCCACCUGGUGGGCGACCAGGAUCGGUUUGAUGCCUUUCUCAAGGCCUACGUGGACGAGUUCAAGUUCCAGAGCAUCUUGGCGGACGACCUGCUGGACUUCUACCUGGAGUACUUCCCCGAGCUGAGGCAGAGGGGCGUGGCCUCCACGCCCGGGUUCGAGUUCGACCGGUGGCUGGACACCCCGGGCUGGCCCCCGUACCUCCCGGACCUGUCCGCCGGGGACACGCUCAUGAAGCCGGCGGACGAGCUGGCCCAGCUGUGGGCGGCCGAGGAGCUGGACAUGGAGGCCAUCGGGGCUGUGGACGUCUCCGCCUGGAAGACCUACCAGCUGGUGCACUUCCUGGACAAGCUCGUGCAGAAGUCCCCUCUGCCGCCCGGGAACGUGAAGACGCUGGGGGAGACGUACCCGAAGAUCUCGGGCGCCAGCAACGCGGAGCUGCGGCUGCGCUGGGGCCAGAUCGUCCUGAAGAACGACUACCGGGAGGACUUCGCGAAGGUGAAGAGCUUCCUGCAGAGCCAGGGGAAGCAGAAGUACACUCUCCCGCUGUACCGCGCGAUGGUGGCCGGCAGCCCGGCGGCCCGGGCCCUUGCAGAGGAGACCUUCACGGCCACCACCGCCCAGCUGCACAGCAACGUGGUCCGCUACGUCCAGCAGAUCCUGGCGCCCACGGGCAGCUAGGGGCCCGCCCACGGCCUGGCCUCUGCCCCUCCACUUGGCACAGGCUCUCGGGGUGCUCGGCCGCAUGCCGGCGCCCCGCUCCGCUCCCCAAGCUUGCGUCCCUCAGGGGUCUGUCCCCCACGUGGUGUCUGCGGCUCCCGGGAGCCCUCUGGGCCACCCAGAGCAGGGGACCCCACCCCAGCCCUCAGCCCUGGUUCCGUGGGGCAGGGCCGCCCUGCCCCCCACCCGGGCGUUGGUUGGAGGGAUGCGGGGUCCUUCGGCUUUCCCGGCUGAGUCCUGAAGGGCGGCGCCAGCGGCUGCGCUCACUUGGGUGGUUCUCUCCUCAGGUCUCGUCUGUUUUAAUAAAUCUUUUUACCUGAAA